GAUCGCAACUGUGUUUAUGGAACCUCUUACUAUUUUGUUAAGAGCUGUUUUGGGGUUUUGAAUCUUACCAACUGGUCUUAGGAGACUAGUGUGAAAGAAUAUAGAAAGGAUUGAAUGAAAAACAAUAUAAAAAUAAAAGAAAAAAAGAGUUCAUAUUGAAGCAUGCAUAAGCAAUGCUGAAAUUAAAUGAAUAAAUUGUCAUAUUAUUAUUAUUAUUAUUGGUAUGAAGACACGUGGAGACCUGGCUGGAAUGGAUAAAAUGACUUCUCCUAAGUAGAGACACAAUUGGGACAUGAAAAACUUAAACAAAAGCACACAAAUGUUUGCAACCUUAGAAUUCCAAUAGUAUUAGAAACAAAAGUUAGAAAAAACUCUGAAGUGGGAAAGAGUGUGUCCCUUGAUGUCUUUGGAGGAGGCAACAAGGUAGGAUAAGCCCCUAUGGGGUUGGAACUUGCUUGCCCUUACCUACAUUUCCACCUUCUUAAAACUCUCUUGGUCUCUUCUUUCUUCCUACACAUCACAUGUCUUUGUUCCAAACCCAAACCGGACCUUCUCCCCAUAAAUACGUACCUCUCUAACCCCUUUCAAUCAUUCCACACGUCUCUUCCUCUUUUUUCUUUCGAUCAAUCUUAUACUCUCAAGCACUUUCCACAUAAGCACAACUCAUCCAUAACCCAAUUACAAUGGCUAUGAGGAAAUCAAACAAGCUUCCUCAAACAGCAGCUCUAAAGCAAAUCCUCAGAAGAUGCUCGAGUUUUGGAAAGAAACAUGGAUAUGAUCAAGAAUCUGGCCUUCCUGAUGAUGUGCCAAAGGGUCAUUUUGCUGUCUAUGUUGGCCAAAACAGAAGUAGAUACAUUGUUCCGAUUUCAUGGUUGGAUCAUCCUGAGUUUCAGAACUUGCUUCAAAGAGCUGAAGAAGAAUUUGGGUUUAAACACGACAUGGGUCUUACCAUUCCCUGUGAAGAAGUUGUUUUCCGCUCUCUAACAGCAAUGAUCAGAUAAAAAGGAUGUAGACUCUUGGAGAGCAUUCAUCAAUAUCUUUUGAAGAUGCAUGGAGAACAUAUAUUUAUACACACACACACACACACACAUAUACUUGAAAUUCUUGUAACCCUAACCUGAACUCAGCAUUGUUUAACCUAGUAAGGUGGAUGUAUGUACCAUCAAUUCUUGAUUUUUCUCUAUCAUUUAAUCCUUUUCAAAGGAUUGAUAAUGUAAAGUUGGUGGGGUUUUCUUGUUCAUGAUCAAUCUUAUACCUUCUUUUCUGUUA